GCUGAGCUCGGGGCCGUUUGUCCGCCUGGCCGUUUCGGCGCUUUGCCAAGCCCUCCGUCGUCCAACUAUUUUGGACACUACUGGGCCGCCAGAACUCAUCCAGUUUGGUCCCAUCAACCGGCUUUACCCUGCAAUGUCACCCUCCUUCCCGUUCAGUCCACGGCCUGUCAACCUUGACUGUUCCCAUCCAGCCCUUGUCGUUCGAGACCCAAGGAGGCAAGGAUCACAGAACGCUAACGCAGACCCCAACGGAUACCAUGCUGCGCGGGUGCAGGCACCAGGACGUUGCCGGGACAGGUGGGUUCCCGGAGCAGACCUCGCCGGUUCGUUAUGAAUGCCCCUCACGCCGCCCAAGAGCCGGGAGGCUCUCCUCUGCCGCUUUUCGAUUCCGCCCGGACCCCAUCGAACUCGAACUGAAUCCGAACCGACACCACAGAGGCUUCACAUCGAGGAGGGCAAAGGGUGCAGGUUGCGAUGGCGUCAUCAAAAAUCAGGCCGGACUCGGCUUCGGCUGAGUUCGAGGUGGUUCACGAAACGCCCCGGUUCCAGAGGGUGUACUGGACGAAGGAACCGCAUCUCCGGAAGCUUUACGGCAUGGCCAUCAUUCUCAUGGUGGCUUCGGCGACGACCGGGUACGAUGGCAUGCUCGUCAACACGUCGCAGCAGAUCGACGCCUGGAACUGGUUCUUCUUCCCGGAGCUCAAGGACAAUCCGAACCUCAAAGACCCCGUGCUCGACAGCAAGCUCGCCAUCCUAGUCAACAUGUUCAAUAUCGGUUCGAUCGUGUCUUUCUUCAUUACGCCCUACGUCGCCGACAACUACGGCCGCCGGCCAGCUAUCAUCGGUGGCUGCCUCUUCAUGAUUGCCGGCGGGUUCCUGACGGCCUUCUGCAACGGCUAUGGGAUGUAUAUGGGCGGCCGCUUCGUCCUCGGCUUCGGCAACUCGCUCGCCCAAAUGGCCUCGCCGCUCUUGUUGACCGAGAUCUGCCACCCGCAACAUCGCGGCCCUGUAACGGCCAUUUACAACUGCCUGUGGAACGCCGGCGCGCUGUUGGUAUCCUGCAUCGCCUGGGGUACCGCCAACGUGAAGACCGCGUGGUCAUGGCGGUCCAUCACGCUCAUUCAGGUCGUGCCGUCCCUCAUCCAGCUCGCCGGCAUAUGGUGGAUCCCCGAGUCGCCCCGUUACCUCGUCAACAAAGAGCGCCACCAGGAGGCGCUGCACAUCUUGACCAAGUGGCACGCCGGCGGUGACCCGCACAAUGCGACGGUGCAGUUCGAGUUCCGCGAGAUCCGCGAGACCAUCCGCAUCCAGAAGGAGACGGAGCGCUCCACCAAAUACCGCGACUUCUUGCGCACUCGCGGCAACCGCUGGCGACUAGCCAUCAUCGUGUCCCUCGGCGUCAUCUCGCAGUACAGCGGCAACGCGCUCUUCUCCAACUACAUGAACGCUAUCUACCUCGGCGCUGGAAUCACUAACCAGAACCAAAAGUUGGCCAUGUCGACGGGCAAGACCCUUCUCGACCUGAUUGUCACCGUUGCCGCCGCGCUCAACGUAGACCGCUAUGGCCGCCGGCCGCUAUUCCUCGUUUCCAUGGUCGGCAUGGUGCUGUCCUUUGUUGCCUGGACCAUCACGGGUGCCAUCUAUGAGAACUCGGCGGAGCUCGACGUUCAGGCUGGCUAUGCCCAGCUCGUCUUCAUCUGGAUCUUUGGCGUGUUCUACGACAUUGGCUUCUCGGGCCUGCUGGUUGCCUACGCGCUAGAGAUCCUGCCCUUCCACCUGCGCGCCAAGGGCAUGAUGAUCAUGAACAUCACCGUGCAGGCCAUGCUAGCUAUUUCCAACCAAACCAACAAGAUCGCGUGGGAGCGCAUGCCGAAGCACUGGCACUUUAUGCUUUUCUACACCCUGUGGGAUCUUUGCGAGCUCGUUUUCGUUUGGUUCUUCUACGUCGAGACAAAGGGCCCGACGCUCGAGGAUAUUGCACGCAUCUUUGACGGUGAUGGCGCCGUCGCCCACAUUGAUAUGCACGAAGUGCAAAAGGACAUAUACGCCAUGGAGGACCGCGACCGCCACGAGCUGCCGGGGCGGGCGCUGUGAGUGGGCUUUUGUGGGUUUGGAGUCUGGCGCUGGGUUGCCAUGCGGCGUUGUCACGAUUGUUUUUAUGAUACCAUCUAUGUUAAUUGUCAUCGUUUAUAUCAUGCCCUCUAUGUUGC